AAAUAUUUCGACAGUGCUCAAAUAUGUUUCUCUAAAGCUCAGUUCACUAAUAACACCAUACACUUCUAUUCGACUUUCAGACCGACGCACAAAAAAUGGACAAAUCCUUCUGCCGUGAUCCAUUUUUCGACCUGAACAUAGUUUGGAACACUUCAGAUCCUAACUUGACACACUGUAUGCAAGACACCCUUCUCAUAGGGUUGCCAUUUGGAGUUCUUUUGAUCUCAUCGCCAAUUUGGCUCAUUUACUACUACUUCAUAGAAUUCAAAUAUGUGACAGGUGUCCGCCAGCGAUCAAUCGGACCUUUAUUUUUCCUGAAAAUUGUGUUAACUUUGAUUCUAAUCAUCAACGCCAUCGGUCAGCUCUGGUAUCUAGCUGACCUGAAUGGAGGCUGGGAUGAAUUGUUUCCAUCUGAAAUCGUGCACUACGCAUGUCUCAUUGUAAUCUGCCUGGUGGUUAUGGCUCAAGUUAUGGUCGAGGAAUGCCUCAAGUGCCACACGUCUCCACCGUUGUUCCUAUUCUGGCUGAUUCUGAUCCUGUGCGAAGUGGCCAAGCUUAAGAGUGACAUUCAGGGCAUCAUGAAUGUCAAUGGAACGUGGGAACAAUGGGUGCUUUUACUGACGUACUUCCCAGUGUUAUUGGUACAAUUAGUGAUCACUUGCAUUCCCGACAUGGAUCAAAAGACGACAAGCCAAGUUUCCCCAGAAGAUGGUGCUUCGUUUUUGUCUCUUUUGUUGUUCUCGUGGUUUGAUGGUUUGAUCUGGAAGGGUGUUCGCCACACGUUGACUCAAGACCAACUACCCAAAUCGCCCAGGUCCAUCCAUGUGGGAGGCAAUGUGCACGACUUCUUAAACUUGUGGCGUCGAAAAGUUGCAUCAAAACAGGUGAACUUUGCCUCACACAAUGAUCGCUCAUUCAUAAGUAUUUGGCCUAUAUUAAUACAAACGCAAUGGGUGCGGGUACUAUUUGCAUUCUUGGUGGCAAUAAUUCAUCUUGUAUUGCCGUUCGUGAAUCCACAAGUGCUGAAGCUUCUCAUCCAUCAUGUGGACAGUGAUGAAGAGUCUUGGAAAGGGUUCUUUUAUGCCUUUGUCCUCUUGAUCAGUUCAACUGUGUCCACCAUAACGUUUCACGUUUAUCAGCAACACUUGAGUAUAUCUGGCAUCCAAAUGCGAAGUGCCAUCAUUGGCGCCAUCUAUCGGAAAAGUCUCAAAUUGUCUAAUCACGCCCGCAGACAGUUCACCGUGGGUGAAAUUACGAACUACAUGUCAGUUGAUGCUCAAAGAAUUGUCGAUACGUUUCCCUAUACAAUGGGUCUCAUCACUUCACCUGUGACCAUCUUGGUGGCAAUGUAUUUUUUGUUCCUAGAAGUGGGAAUCAGUAGUCUGGCCGGGUUGGGGAUCUUAUUGAUCCUGAUUCCAAUCAAUGGGUUUAGCGGCAAAUGGGCAGAGAGACUUCAAGUCAAUCAACUCAAAGCUAAGGAUAGGCGUCUCAAAUUGAUGAAUGAAGUCCUCAUGGGCAUGCGUGUUUUGAAGUUAUAUGCUUGGGAAAUUCCUUUCAUGGACCGCAUCAAGAAGAUUCGAAACUUGGAAGUGAAAAUCUUGCGCUUAUGUGCUCGCUUGUGGGCUUUUUUGAAUUCCACGUUUACCUGCACUCCAAUUUUAGUCACAAUUGUGGUGUUUGCCAUAUACGUACUGAUAGACUCAAACCACGUUCUCACAGCGGACAAGAUAUUUGUAUCUUUGUCCUUGUUCAAUUUGAUCAGAAUUCCAUUAGUUAUGUUUCCUUUCACCCUGGUGGAAACAAUCAAACUGUUUGUGUCUCUCAAACGCAUCAACACAUUUCUCAACGCCAACGAGAUCAACAAUGGCAAUGUUUCGCAAGAGUUGGAGGAUGAAGGUAAUGCCAUUGAGAUCAAUGACAUGACGCUCACGUGGGAUGAGCCAGAAUCCCCGAGUCUGAAGAACAUUUCAUUGCAAAUUGCCAAAGGGUCCUUGGUGGCUGUGGUUGGCGAGGUUGGAUCAGGGAAAAGCUCAUUAUUGAGUGCCAUUCUAGGCGAGAUGGAGGUUGUGUCCGGGUCAGCCAGUGCUAUUGGUUCAAUUGCAUAUGUGCCGCAACAAGCAUGGAUCCAAAAUAUGGCAUUAAAAGACAACAUUCUAUUUGACAAAGAGUUCGUCAGCACUAAAUAUCAAGAUGUCAUUCGUUCUUGCCAACUAAAAUCCGAUUUGGCCAUCCUCAAGAAUUCAGAUUCCACCGAAAUUGGAGAAAAUGGCAUCAAUUUGUCAGGAGGCCAAAAACAGCGGGUCUCGUUAGCUCGGGCAGUGUAUUCAAAUGCCGAUCUGUACUUACUGGACGAUCCUUUGUCCGCGGUGGAUGCUCAUGUGGGAAAGUCCAUUUUCACCCAAGUUCUGGACAAUCAACAUGGUCUUUUGCGGGAUAAAACGAGGAUCCUGGUGACCCACAAUGUCACAUUCCUGUCCAAAGUGGACACCAUCAUUGUGAUGAAAGAAGGGCAAGUGGCGGAAAUGGGAUCGUAUCAAAAGCUACUAUCAGAUGGAGCUGCGUUUUCCGAAUUCUUAAACCAUUAUGCCAAAGAAACCCUAGCUGCUCCAAUUUCUUCCAAUCUUCAAGAUCUUUCAGAGACGAGCACAGAGAGCAUUCCUCUUGAACAAAAGUCUGGUCUUGCCGCAAACUCAACACCGAAUGACACAGGAGAUCUCACCGAAGAGGAGGCUGCCAUGGUUGGGCGAGUCAAAUGGUCGGUGUAUUGGAAUUACAUCAAGAGCAGUCAAAAGCAACGGUUUCUAUUGGUGAUCAUUAUGUAUGUGUUAGGAUCGGCUCUCCUGGCAUCAAGUAAUUAUUGGCUAUCUGUUUGGGCGGACACCAAUCAAACCAAUCCAAAUGAAGCCAACAAUAAUAUGGCUUAUUUUUUGGGUGUUUACGGAGCCUUUGGAGUUACACAACUAAUAGUGGAAUUCUCCCGCGAGUUUUUGUAUUUCUUAGGCUGUGCCAGAGCUUCCAAAGUACUCCAUGAGAAGCUGCUUCAGCACGUUUUCCGAUCUCCUAUGUCCUUCUUCGAUACCAAUCCAACAGGACGAAUAAUCAACCGGUUUUCUUCUGAUGUCGACGUCGUGGACCAAAGGAUUCCACAAGGCCUCUCCGAUACCAUGUGGUCCAUCUUUGACACAUUGAGCAUUCUAAUUGUGAUUUGCAUUUCAACGCCUUCAUUUGGAUAUGUCAUAGUGCCACUGGUAUUGAUGUAUUAUUUCAUUCAAAGGAUGUUCAUUUCAACUUCACGUCAAGUGAAGAGGUUGGAAUCUCUGAGCAAGUCUCCCAUUUAUUCAAACUUCUCCGAAACAGUCACCGGAAUGGCAUCAAUCCGAGCUUACAAAGAACACACCCGAUUUAUUCAAGAGUCUGAAGAGAGAGUGCAGAAAUAUGCCAAGUGCACGUUUCUAAACGCUUCAGCUAAUCGCUGGCUUGGUACCAGAGUGGAAUUCUUAGGCAACUUGAUCGUCUUUUUCGCAGCCAUUUUUGCCGUCUUGGCCAGAGGUACUCUGUCCCCAGGAGUGGCUGGUCUCUCCAUAACGUAUUCAUUAAACAUCAUGGACACCCUAAACUGGUUAAUUCGAAUGCUGUGUGAGUUGGAGACCAACUCCGUGGCGUUGGAGCGUAUUAUUGAGUAUGCCAACAACAAGCAGGAAGCGGAUUGGGAAUUGCCCAAUGAUCCCAAACACAUAACCGCCAAUUGGCCUCAACUAGGAAAUGUGGAGUUUGAUUCCUUGUCCGUUCGAUAUCGAGAUGGGUUGGAUCUGGUCCUGAAAAACAUCUCAAUGGAAAUUCACGGACGGGAGAAGGUGGGGAUUUGUGGUCGAACCGGAGCGGGAAAGAGCAGUUUCACUUUGUCCUUGUUUCGAAUCUUGGAGGCGGACCAAGGUCAAAUACGUAUUGAUGGGCAGGACAUUUCCAAACUUGGUCUGCACGCACUUCGAUCACGUAUAACGAUUAUACCUCAAGAUCCGGUGCUCUUCACCGGUGGCUUGAGAUUUAAUUUGGAUCCGACUGGCCUCCAUCCAGACUCCAGCCUUUGGUCUGCAUUAGAGCAUGCUCAUCUAAAGUCCCACAUUACGUCGCUGAAGGAUGGGCUUGAUCACGAAAUCAAUGAAGGUGGUGAGAACUUCUCUGUGGGUCAAAGGCAACUCAUUUGCCUGGCCCGAGCGUUGCUCCGGAAAACCAAGAUUCUCAUCAUGGAUGAAGCCACUGCUGCGGUUGACUUGGCUACGGACGAUCUUAUUCAGGCCACCAUUAGGAGGGAAUUCAAGGAUUGUACUGUUAUCACUAUUGCCCACCGGUUGAACACCAUCAUGGAUUGUGACCGAAUUGCAGUGUUUAGUCACGGCGAGAUUGCGGAAUAUGCCUCCCCAUCGGAUCUCCUUUCCAUUGAUGAUUCAGCUCUGUCUUUAAUGGCCAAAGAUGCUGGUUUAUAACCUGCACAAACUUCAACAUACGACAAUGUUUUUUAUGUUAUGCAUCGAAAGCGAUGUGUCGAAGCAUCUAAUUUCAAAUAUAUUUGAGAGAAAUUAUCAUCUCAGUGGUAUCACUAAGCUUCUAAAGCAAGAUUGAAUGUACAUUUGACCCCUAUGUUUUCUGUAUCGUGACUCUCGCUUCAUGCAUGACUAACUUGCAGAUCUGCGUGGUAAGUGAAAUUACUAUUGAGUAAUAAAAGAUGAUUUUAAAGGUU